UUCUCAUUUGUCUACAUUUCAACCAUUUCAACGCUUUUUUUAUUUACACAGGCAACUGAUUAAUUUCCUGUCGCCCACUUCUACCACAAAUGCCUCAUAGUCCUAGUCCGGAUCGACACAACGAUCGUCGUGGGCCUCCUCGUGAUUGGGAUGCGCCUGAAGAGGAAGAGGGCGAGAUUAGUUAUUCUGGACGUCGUUCAGCACCCUCCCGUGGAGACCCCAAAGGAGACCGUAGAGACCAUCGUGACCGUGACCGGGAUAGAGGAGAGCGUGAUCGGGAUCGCAGUGAUAGGAGACGAGAUGAUCGAUAUCGUGAGAGUGAACGUCGAGACUACCGGGAUCGGGAUCGUGGGCGUGAUCGAAAUGGUAGGCGAAGAAGCUCACGUUCACGGUCUAGAUCACCAUACCGUCGUCGAUCCAGAUCUAGGAGCCCUAAGAGCAGGCGUGGCGAUGAAAGGGAGGAAGGUGAAUAUAGGAGCAGCAGCAGGAGGAGACGUGACGACAGUGACAUUGAAGAUGAUCGUGCCGAUAAAAGAAAUAACAGGAAAAGAGACGGAAAGAAGGCAAAUGAUGAGGACAUUGAGAUGAAGCCUGGAGAAAAAUUAUCGCCUGAGGACGAGGAGGCAAGGAUGAUGGCUCUUAUGGGAUUUGGAGGAUUCGAUUCUACAAAGGGUAAGAAAGUUGCUGGGACGGACGUAAGUGGUGCAGACAUUAAGAAGCAACGACAAUAUCGUCAAUACAUGAACCGACGUGGAGGAUUCAACAGACCGCUAGAUGCAAAAUAGUAUACCUGAAUAAUAAUAAACAUUCGGACAAAAAACCU